AUGUACAUCGCAGGAACAGCAGGAAUAGUAGUUUUUUACAGUACGAUUUUAGGAAUCAGUAUUUGGAGUGUUUUUACUAAAAGAAAAAAAUUAAACAGCAAAUCUUUUGAUUAUUUGAUACUUGGAAACCGUAAUAUUGGAUUAAUUUUAGGAAUUUCUACACUCGUUGCAACAUGGAGUGGAAGAGUUUUUAUCUAUGGUACUGUUGAAACAAUAUUUAGCAAAAAUUUAACUUGGUGUCAAGUACCCAUUGGCUACAGUUUUAGUCUUCUUUUUGGCGUAAUAUUGUUUAUUAAACCAAUAAGAAAUGAUAAAAAAUUUGUAACGAUACUUGAUCCUUUUCAACAAGAAUACGGCCCACGAUUGGGUAGCUUACUUUUUAUACCGACAUUGUUUAGCGAUGUCUUCUGGUGUGCAGCUAUAAUUAAAGCACUUGCAAGUACUAUUACUGUAAUUUUUAAAAUUGACAGUAAUAUCAGCAUUUCUGUAGGAUUAAUUGUUGUCAUAACUUUUACAAUACUUGGAGGAAUUUAUAAAACUAGUAUUGCUGAUGCUGUUCAAGUUAUUUUUUUGAUUAUUGGAUUGGGAAUAGCAACUCCUUAUGUGAUAUUAAAUCCAGCUGUGGUAUCUUUAGAAAAAAAUUUUAUUAAAAAUAAUGAUUGGCUUGGCGAGGUUGCUAUAGAAGACCUUGCUGAUUGGAUCGAUCGUUUAUUGUUGCUUACAUUUGGAGGACUAUCAUGUCAGGCUUCUGACAAUGAACUUUUGUGGAUUUUGAGAAUAACUAUUGUUCUUAUAACUUUAAUGUCUGGUGGAAUUGUUUUUAGUAUUGGCAAUGCAAGUGUAUACUAUUUAUCAUACUUGGCUUCGGACUUGACCUACGUGAUACUAUUUCCUCAACUACUUUCUGUUAUUUAUUGGCCAUCACUGAUCGAUACUUACGGAUACCUUGCAGGCUAUUUAAUUUCAAUAAUUAUGAGAAUUGCCGGAGGAGAAAAAAAAUUAGGCCUUUGGCCACCAUUGAUAAAUUAUCCUUUUUUUGAUUAUCAAGCUCAAAAUCAAAAAUUUCCAUUUCGCACUCUAACCGUUAUAUCUUCAAUUAUAAUUCAAUUAUUUGUCAGUUUUAUUACAAAAAGUAUAUUUACUCAACACAAUACUGGUGAUAGUAAUCAAAAAAAGACAUUUUGCCCAAAAUCUUGUGAUUUUCUCGGUAUUUAUUCUUUAUCUGGUAAAAAAGGAUCAAAAAAACAGUCCAGUGUUGCUCAAAGUAGCUCAGGUGCUGCACUAAUUCUUGAUGAUUCUGCUAUUCAGACUCAGGAAAAUUCAUUGCGUGAUGGAUGUGACUCAACUGAUAGUCAAGAAGAAUUAACAGCGACAUUAGUUGAUAAUAAUUAUCAUCAUCAGUAUAAUCAAAACCACAACCAACAACAACUCCAUCAAGAUUCAUCUUUGAUAUCUAAAAAAAUUUUUAAAGAAUCGAAUAACCCAAUAAACUUGAAUAAUUUUAAAGGUGAACAUACACUUCGUCGCGGUAUGAGUGUUCAAAACACUCCUGUCACUCGGGUUGAUCGUAGUGCUUUUUUAAAAAAUUCCACUCAAACACCAGGAAGAAAUAAUAAUAAUAAUAAUAAUAAUUUAGAUUCGGAACAAAUUUUAGCUGUAAGAAAUUUAAUUCCAGUUUCUUGUUAUUUAAAAACCACCAAUGGAUCACCAAAUAAUAUUAAUUUAUUAAAUCACAGUAAUAAUAAUAAUAAUAAUAAUAAUAAUAAUAAUAAUAAUAAUACAUCUGGUGUUACAUCAACACCAUCUUUUUCUAAUCAAUCACACAACAAUUUAAAAUUAAAUUCUUCUACUGUGAUAUAUGGAAAAUUAGAAAGCAUAAAAAUCACAAAAGACAAAGAAAAUAAAUCAAGUGGUGUUAUUUCGGGAGGAGAUCGAAGCUUUCUAGAGUUAAAUCUAAAUCAUAAUUUGAAUAAUUUAAAAGAUAGUAAAGUUGAAUCUGGUAGUUGUGUAGGAGGAGCAGUAUCAUCAUCAUCAUCAUCAUCAUUAAUAUCUACUGGAAUUGUAAAGAAAAAUGUUGUUGGUGUGAAACUUGUUGGUAUGGAUGGAAUGACUAUGACUACCUUGCGACGUCCCUCUCAAAGCACAUUUUCGCCAACACCAUCUGUUGAAUUAGUCAAUAUUUUAGACAAUAAAAAACAAUGUGGUGCCGGAGAAUCAAGUGUUAGCGGGCCAAUAUCAUUAUCACCUAUACCAACGUCUACUUUGGGAGUUGAAGCCUGUAAAAUUCAUGGUACUUCUGUUGAUGGCUCAGGUAAUGAGCACUGUCGAAUAAAACGAGGAAUUGUACGACAUCACAGUUUCAAUGAAACUGGUGAUCGAACAUUAACUACUCUUGCUCGACAACCAGCGUAUCCAUCAAUGCCAUUACGUACAGAAGACUGUAGAAUUACGGUAUUAACGACCAAUAGAAAAGACCGAAAAACAAGUGCUAGCCAUAUAGUUAGAUAUUCUUCAGUAUCUGAUGAAAAGGAGCAUAGCAAUCGUUUUAUUGCUGGUUCUACUGGUGUUACUGGUGUUACUGGUGUUACUGGUGUUACUGGAAUAGGACAUAGACGUGGGCUUGUUAUAAGUCCUACUUAUGGCAUUUACGGAUCAACGAUCACUCCUACUGACAUUAAUUAUACCACUACUUUUAAUUAUAACAAUACCAAUAUCAAUAACCAAGAUGAUAAUGAUAAUAACGACGAUUAUCAUGACGACCAAGAUAACAAUGAGGCAAUUAGUAAAUUUUAA